ACAGCGGCUUCUUUUCGUUAUGCUGUCACUUUGCCCACAGCGUAGAGUUGCCCCAGCAUCUCCUCAUAGGGAGUAGCCGUAUGUGGAGGAAAAUGCAUUGAAAAUAUGUCUUUUAGAUUUUUCCGUGCGUGUUUCCAAUUGCAAUGAAGGAAGGGAAUUGCGACAGGGCGGAUUUUUCUCGUGUGCCGCACCGGAAUACGGGCCUUUAUUUUCAGAGAUAUGCGGAGUCUUUUUCGCUCUAGGUGUUAACGCAGAAAAAUACAAGAUGAAGAAGCAAUUCAAUCGAAUGCGACAGCUUGCCAACCAGACGGUAGGCAGGGCGGAAAAAACAGAAGUUCUCAGUGAUGACCUUUUGCAGGUGGAGAAGCGCUUGGACCUGGUGAAGCAGGUGUCCCACAGCACCCACAAGAAGCUGAACGCCUGCCUGCAGGGCCAGCAGGGGGCCGAUGGGGAGAAGAAAUCGGUCAAGUCCCCCGCGAAAAAGCUUCCCCUGACCACCCUGGCCCAGUGUAUGGUGGAGGGGGCCGCAGUUUUAGGGGACGACUCACUGCUGGGCAAGAUGCUAAAGCUGUGCGGGGACACGGAGGAGCAGCUGGCCCAGGAGCUCAUCCUGUUUGAGCUGGAGAUCGAGAGAGAUGUGGUGGAGCCUCUUUACGUGCUGGCCGAGGUUGAAAUUCCGAACAUUCAGAAACAGAGGAAGCACUUAGCCAAGCUGGUGCUGGACAUGGACUCUGCUCGGACGCGGUGGCAGCAGUCCUCCAAGUCGUCCAGCCACCCCAGCAACCUGCAGCCAGGCGGGGCCAAGUCUGACUCCCUCCGAGAGGAGAUGGAGGAGACGGCCAAUCGCAUGGAGAUCUGUAGGGAUCAGCUAUCAGCAGACAUGUACAGUUUUGUGGCCAAAGAGAUAGACUAUGCAAACUACUUUCAGACGCUCAUCGAGGUUCAGGCAGAAUACCACCGGAAGUCCUUGGAGAUCCUACAGAGUGUGCUGCCCCAGAUCAAAGCCCAACAGGAGGCGUGGAUAGAGAAGCCGUCCUAUGGGAAGCCACUGGAGGAGCACCUGACCCUGAGUGGCCGAGAGAUCGCCUUCCCCAUCGAGGCCUGCGUCACCAUGCUGCUGGAGUGUGGCAUGCAGGAGGAGGGCUUGUUCCGGGUGGCGCCCUCGGCAUCCAAGCUGAAGAAGCUAAAGGCAUCGCUGGACUGCGGAGUGGUGGACGUUCCGGAGUAUUCAGCUGACCCCCACGCCAUAGCAGGGGCCCUGAAAUCAUACCUCCGUGAACUCCCUGAACCUCUGAUGACCUCUGAACUCUACGAGGAUUGGAUCCAGGCCUCAAACAUUCAGGAUAUGGACAAAAGACUGCAAGCCCUGCUGUCGGCCUGCGAGAAACUCCCCACAGACAAUUUGAACAACUUCAGAUACUUAAUUAAAUUUCUAGCAAAACUCACUGACUACCAGGACGACAACAAAAUGACCCCGGGGAACAUUGCAAUAGUGCUUGGACCCAAUCUGCUAUGGACUACCUCUGAAGGGAACAUGACGGAGAUGAUGACCACGGUGUCCUUGCAGAUCGUAAGCAUCAUUGAGCCCAUCAUCCAGCAUGCCGACUGGUUCUUCCCUGGAGACAUUGAGUUCAAUCUGACGGGCAGCUACGGGAGCCCCAUCCACACCAACCACAACUCCAACUACAGCUCCAUGCCCUCGCCGGACAUGGACCAGUCCGAGCGCAAGCAGCAGCACGACCAGGGCCGCCGUCCGCUCAGCGUGGCCACGGACAACAUGAUGCUGGAGUUCUACAAGAAAGAUGGCAUUAGGAAAAUUCAAAGCAUGGGGGUGAGGGUAAUGGACACAUCCUGGGUGAGGACCAAGGGUUCGUCCACGCUGGCGCGCAAGGCCUCGUCCACCCCGCCGUCCAUGCACGUGCCCGGUGACGGCCUCAUCCCCGAGCAGCCCGGCGAGCUGGCCUCUUCGCCCUCGCCAACUCCCCCGCCCGGCGACCGGGGCAGCUGUGACGACGUGUCGCCCAAUCGGCCGGACUCCUCUCACGCCUACCCGCCCCCUGGGGAGGAGCGGCCGCCCCCCCCUUACCCCUCCGCCGCCUCCUCCACCUCCUCCGCACACCACUUCUACCCCAAGCCCCCGCCCUGCCCUCGGCCCGUGGCCCCCGGGCCCGAGUCGCAGCCCCCCAGCUCGCCCCCGCCGCCCGCUCGCUGGUCCGGCUUCAACAUCGCCGCGCUGCCGCACCACCUCCCGCACCCCCAGCCGCACCCCCAGCCGCACCCCCUGUUGCACCCUCAGCCUCAGUCUCUGCCCCCGCAGUCCUCCUCCUCCUCCUCUUCCUCCUCCUCGCUCGACAUCAACUCCAACCCCAAGCCCAGCUGCUUGCACUUCCCCAAGCACGGCCCCCCAGCCGCCCCUGCCGACGCGUAUUCGCAUGCCCCCCCUUCUGUCGACGCAAACGCCUCGCCCCUCUACGUGAAAACGCCCCUCGUACUGGCCCGCAACGACGCGUCCCUCGGGAACCCCCCUAGCCUCCCUGCGUCCUCGGUGCCCCCUCCGCCCUGGGCCGCCUGUCCCUGUGUCCGAGAGAGAGGACCCCCCAGGCUGACUAGUACUUUAAAGAGUAAGGAGCUCUCCCCUGUGAUUGGACACAAGGCCAUCCAGGUGCCAGUCCCCACAGUGCCCCCUCCUGGUGGCCAGCAGAGCUGCAGCCAGUCACCGCACUCGGCAGAGCACAGCCCGCACACGCUGCGCAAAGCCUCUAAGAAGCUGGCCCCCGUCCCGCCCAAGGUGCCAUACGGCCAGUCGGGCUGUGGCAGCAGCGGCAUGUCCGACCAGUCCACGGGCCAGCCGUCGCCGGUCAGCUUGUCGCCCACGCCCCCGAGCACGCCGUCGCCGUACGGCCUGGUGUGCCCGCCCGGCCAGAUGACCGCCUCGUCGCCCGGCUCGGCACCCUCUCACACGCUCUCCUCGCCGCCAUCGCUCACCGGCACGCUCACCAAGUCCCGGCCCACGCCCAAGCCCCGCCAGAGGCCCAGCCUGCCGCCGCCGCAGCCCCCCACCGUCCCCGGACAGACCCCCGCCGCCACCGCCACCGCCGCUGGACCAGAGCCUCCUGGACGGCAUGUCCUCCGGGGAAAGCAUGUCCACAGCUGUGUGAGGCCAGGGCCUGAGUGUGAUGCUAAGUGUGAGGGGGACGUUUGGGAUUUCUUCAGUUUGGAAAGACCCUCCAUCAAUGUCAAUCUGGACAGCAUCCUGGAUGAGUUCAGGGUAUCGCCCUGCCGGAGCUCUCUUAUGAUGCCUGACUCCCCAGACGGAGACGCCACCUCUGAGGAGGAGGGACAGAGCACCACUCUAUGACCCCACAACAGAACCACACACCCCAGACCAACAGAAGGCGCUGUCUUCUUUCUACAUCUAUCUCUCUCUCUGUUUUAAUCUCUCUUUCUGAAUCACUCUUUCUCUCUUUCUCUCUCAGUCAAUUUCAGUUUUUCUCUGGGUAUUUCUUUCUCUCUUUCUCUCUAUCUCUCUCUGUUCCUUCCUUUUUCUCUCUCCUUCUCCUCGCUUUCCCUGCCUUUCACUACUGAUGAAGCCCAAUGCACAACUGUCUCAACCAGCCAUCAUCCACUUCUAGAGCUACAGACUUGGAUUUGCCACAAUCACUCUUCCGCUCUUCACAACGCCACAGAAAAAAAGGACCUUUAAUCUCCACAGACGACUUACCUGCUACAGCGCUAUUUGUGACUUCAUCCGCACAUGUGGUGCCAUUGAGAAAAAAAAUGAUACUAUCAUAUGGAAUCUUACCAGAAGGGACAUCUAUAUGGAGAAGUUGCCAAGGACGAAGGGGAAAACAUGCCACGUCAAUUGUAUUCAUUUUCUCCUUGUCUUUUUUUAUUUGUGAUGUGUACCAUAUUUUUACUUUUGUAAUUUUUUAUUUGUAUCGGUUCAGGGUUUUUUUUUUUGUUGGCCUUAGUAAAGUUGGGGAUCAGUUUGCACAGCAAAACUGAUUGGACACUAGUGGAGACUGUCUCAGGACUGAGAGAGAAGUUAUUAUAGUGUGUGUGUACUUACAGGGUAUGAAAGGUUGGCCUCAUGCAAUAUUCAUGUUGCCCAUUGUCAGUAUCAGGAGGAGGUCUGAACUUCAAUAUCUCACUAAAGCCCAUAUGUUCUCUGUUUUCUCUUUCUCUCUGUAAUGCUCUUGCUUGCUUGCUUUCUCUCUCUCUCUCAUUCUUUGUCAUUCUCUUAUUUACUCGCAUGAGUGCGCACACACACACACACAAACACACACUCAUGCACACACAUACACAAACGCAAAUGUGGAAGAUAGUCACACUCAGACAUUCAGCCAAAAGAUGCACUUGUUAAUCUUUGCAUUGCAGUAGAAAUUUACAAAUUGACUCAGAACCACUGGGCUCUCAUUUAUCUGUGCACAUCUCAACAUCAGUGCAGUACGAGAAUGUCUUUAUCGUUUUUGGACUUUUUGAAGUUUAAACUAUUGUUAUUGUCAUAACUGAACACAGCUCAGAAAUUCAUGAGGGAGACUGUGGAAGAAGUGUUUGAGACUAAAUUGGAAGCUCAUUCUUACGAAUACCAAUGAUACAGUGUCUAUUUUCCGAGAAGGGCUUUGACAACAAGAGAUUUUUACAUGAGAAAGAGUGGCCGUGUGUGUGUUUAUGAUCACUGGUGUGCCUCCACAACAGGCCUCACCAUUCAUACGUAUGGACAUUAACAGUAGUUUUAACUGUGACAGCACUGCCUGCAAGCCCUAUUGAUGCUCUCUGUGCACCUUGUCUCAAGUGCUUCAGACUUAAUGUACCGCCCUUCCCAGUGUAAAUACGAAGAGACGUGUGUAUAAAUAUGUAGAUAAUUCCACGUGGUCAGGUUCAAAUGUAAAGACAAAUAUGAAAUAUACAUAUAUUCAUAAAUGUGGUCAUAUUUAUCUUGUUCUAGAAAAAUGAUAUAAUAUGAUGUUGGUGGUGUUAUUUUUUAUUCCCCUGCACACACUAUUGCCAGAUUCGCGUUAGUGAAAUCAAGCACUGACUGCUGCAACAGAAAGCCAUGGAAACUGCUAUUGGUACACGUAAAGACUUGACAGAGCAGAUUUUGUGUGUUUGUUUGAAAGUGUUUGAACGCAUUGCGUUUGUGCUUAAAUAUCAGUGCCCUGAGGAAUAACUCUACCCUGAACAUGUCCGUGAUGAUAAAUAUUGCACACUCACUCACAUAACACCACUGCAUGCUGGAGGAACAGUAUUAUUUUGUUACAGGUUACUGCAUAGUGCUCUAGAGUCUAGACCAUGUGAUUCUAGAUCAUGCUGAUAAUUGUUCACCAUUUUUGAAUGCAAUAAUUGGGAUUUGUUGCUUUUACAUGCAGUAUUUUCUUAUGUAUCUAAUCAAAAAGAUGCUGUGGAUAUUUGGCUAUUCUGAUCAACAUGGGGUGGCCGGGGAUUUUACCAUGGCAUCUGGCAACCCUCUCAGUGUGCACCUGUUAGGGUGCUGUUUCCAAGCUGUCUGCGUAGGGUGGUCUGAGGAGUGUGGAUCAUAUGACCACUCCAUUCAUUUUCACAAAAGAAUGGAAAGAUGCUGCAAGGAAGAUCUCUCAUAUCUGAAGGCCCAAAAUGGACAAGACAUUUUCAUUUUGUCAAUCAAAGUGCAAUUAUUUUUUUUUCUUCUGAAUCUCAGAGAUGUGAAGAGGCCAUACCCAACCCCCCCAAUCUCUGCCCAACACCUGAUCAGAAAAAAAGUGUCAAUUCCUUUCACAGAUGAUUUGUUUUUCUUCUUUAUUUUAUUGUUUGUCUACUUCAGGGACUCAGAUUCGAGAAGAUAAAGUCUCUGUAAUGUAUGAUAUGCCUCAGUGUGUGUGUGUGUGUGUGUGUGUGUGUGUGUGUGUUCUCUCAAUGAAUUAUAUUCUUGAAGACUAUGGUGGCUGAGUAAUAUUAAUAGUUGUAGUGGUUGUUAAAUGAAAAUUUCAAGUGCCCUCACAUUAGAUAUUAAUGUCCUAAAGCUAAUGACAAGUUUUCUUGUGUACUUGAGGUUCUGUCUGUGAUGGUUUCAUUAGUGUUUUUUUUAUGGAGGCAGGGGUGUCAUAUGAGAGCAUUGACUGAAUGUGUCUAUCUUGACUUUGAUGCUGAUCAAGGUCAGGUCUUGUCAAUAACUGAACUGAAGCUGCAAUAGAAGCAUGACCUUUUUUUUAAAUAGCUGUCCAUUCCCCAUUGCUGCGGUGGCAUUUUGUGCACCACUGCAUUCCACUGUUUUAGUCAAAUGCUUGUGUGAACGUUACUGAGUAAGUUGGGGAGGGGUUGUUGAGGCUUUCAUUGUGUAAAUGCAAUAGACUUUGUCAGGGGGCUUGGAUUGUUUUCAGAUAAGCGUUAGCAUGCCCGCUCAAGCUGUGCUGUAGUCUGGUAAUGAUGAUAUUCAUAUUUCAUUCUUUCAAAUAUAUUCCACACAGAAGGUAUUAGGUAAGCGAAGCUGUCUGUAAUGAUAUCAGGGUUGAAAGGUCAGCAGGUGAUUAAUAGCAUGCCAUCUUCUUGAGGAUGCAAAGCAUCAAUGACUCUUGGCCUUUGUUGCACUUCCAAGCUUAUUGUGCGUGCUUUUGUUUUGAACCUGUUUCAAGGUAUGACUGCAACAUGGGUUUCUUCUUUUUUUAGUCAUUUGUAGUUCUCACACAUCACUUUCUUUUAAGACAUAGUUGAGGACAAGAAAUCAUGGGUGAAAAGGGGCAAAACUGAACAACUGAACAUACAUGGCUGAGGGUUUAUGAUCAAUACAUUUGAAACUGGACAGUACUCAUGGACAUCCAGCCUCUCCCAUGCUUCCACUACAACUACUGUUGAACUGUAGGACACACCCACCCUUCUUUCCUCUGCUUAGCAUAUCAAGUGGAAAAACACAGUCUGUACUGUGAAGCCGACUGCAAUCCUUCAGAAUGUCAGAAAUAUAUAUAUAAAUAUAUAUUAAAGUCUACAUUUUUAAUAA